AUGGAAGCAGCCACAGCAGCCACCCACACCGGCGCCGGCGCCCCAGCCGGCGCCAGGGAUGCUGCCGCCGUCUCCGCGCCAGCCGCCGAGGCGCAGACGCAUGCGCCUCCCGCGGCAGCAGCCGCAGCGCAGGCCACCGCGGCCGAGGCAGCGGCAGCGGCAGCACCAGAGGCGCAGGCGGGGGCAGGAGCCACCGGUAUGGAGGUGGAUGCGGCGACGAUCCCGGAGGCUGCAUCGGCGGCGGCGGCAGCAGCCGGCGAGGAGGAGCCGGAGUCGCCUUGCGCCCGCCAGCACACCCAGGCCGUCAACUCCACGCCGCUGAGGCGCCCCCGUGCCCUGCACCUCACCGCUACCGAGCCCGCGGGAGGGGGCCCAGCGGCGACCGGCGUCGACAGCUCAGCGCACGAUGCAUCCUACCACACGCCCUCGCCCGCCAGCCAGCGCCAGCUGCCCCCGCCGCUGGCCCCGCAACCCACGCCCAUCACAGCUGCGAUGAGCUCAGCUGCAUGGCUGCAAGGGACGGUGGCCGGGCAGGGCGAGGGGCCUCCACCACAGCUGCGUGCGCUGAUGCAGGCAGCAGGGAUGGAUGCAGGUGCAGAGGCACGGCUGGUGGCGGCGGCAGAGGGCAUGGCCAAGGCUGCGUUCCCCGACUGCCCCGCCCCGCUGGACGGCCCGCUGCUGGCUCUGGAGCAGAGCACCACCGCCGCGCGGCGCUCACAGGGCCUGCGCCUGUACUGGCGCGUGCUGCAGUCGCUGGUGGCGGCAGAGGCGGGGCGCCCAGACGCGGGCCCCGCCGCCGCCGCCGCGCUGCUGGCCGCGCCGCUCCUCCAUCGCUGCGUGGCGGCCUGCGCCCUCGAGUGCGUCAUCUCCUCCUAUCGCAUGGUCAACCUGGCGUUCCCAGCGGUACUGGAGCGCCUCAGCCUGCCCGCCUUUGACCUGUGCAAGGCGGUGGAGCCGUUUGUGCACGCGCUGCCCACGCUGCCCCGGGACCUGAAGCGCCACAUGCUGGCUGUGGAGGAGCGGUGCCUGGAGAGCCUGGCCUGGGCCCAGGGAUCCAGCCUGUACCCCACCCUGAUUGCAGCGGUGGGCAGCCACGGCGGCGGCGCCAGCGGCAGCGGCGGCGGCUCGAGCGCCAGCGAGCGCGCGUCGCUGGAGGCGGCGCCAGCCGGCGGCAGCCACGAGCCCGCGUGCUCCCCAACCUCCUCACCCAGCGUGGGCGACAGCGUGGGCGGCGGCGAGCGCCGCGCGGGCAGCGUGACGCCGCGCAAGCGGGGGCUGGAGGAGAUGGCGGCGCCAGGUGGCGCCGACGGGGCGGACGCUGACAUGGCAGAUGCGGCGCCGCCACUCGUCCACCCCCCGGAGCAUCAGCAGGGCGCUGCCUCGGCGCCUGCGCCGGGCGGCGGCACCUUGGGCAGCGCCACGCAGCCGCACAGCCAGCGCUGGCCGCCGCAGCGCGAGCGGCGGCACCAGCACGAGCAGAGCGGGGUGGAUACGCCCGGCCGCCUGCCGCUGUCGCUAGGGUCUGAGCCGCGGGCGGCCGCCGCCGUGCGUGGCGCCAGCGGCGACCAGCAGCCGGCGUCUACCGACGCGGCGGGGCCGGCCUCGGCGCUGAUGCCUCGCGGCGACCGCAGCGCUCGCUCCGCGGUCAACAAGUUCCUGCGCCGCGUGCUGAAGCUGGCCGCCAUCCGCCUGGCCGACCUGCUGUCCCGCCUGGACACGCACCCGGCUGACCCACACGUGUUGCUGGCUGAGGUGCGGCGCAGGCAGGGGGCGGGGCUGGGGCUGGCUAAGGCGGGGCUGGGGCUGGCGCACAGCGGCGGCAUUGCCGCCUUCACGCUGGCCCAGCACGUGGCCUUUGAGCAGACCUGGUUGCUGUACGGCCGACACCUGGACCAAGCGCUGCUCUGCUGCCUCUACUCUGUCUGCAAGCUGCACCAGCUGGGCCAGGCCUCCUUCAAGGCCAUCAUCGCCGCCUACAAGCAGCAGGCGCAGGCGCAGGCAGACACCUUUAAGAGCGUGAGCAUGCGCCCGCGGGAGCACACCACCCUGCACCAGCUGCACCCCACCGCCACCGCAGACAUCAUCACCUUUUACAAUCAGGCAGGCGGGGCUGGGCAGGCAUGCAGGCAGGCAGGCGGGCAGGCGGGCAGGGCCAUGCGCCGCCUCUUACCACACACAAGUCGCCAGGCGGGCGCUGCUGCUGCCACCUAUGGGCCGCUGGCUGGCUUGGCUGGCGGCUCCACCCCUGUGCUUCUGGUCUUCAUCCCCCACACCCGCGCCUUCCUCCUGCGCCUCGCCGACAACCGCAGCCUGCUGGUGCAGCCCACGCCCAGCGCGCUGCCCUACCUGGUGCCGCAGACGGCGCGGGGGCAGCCGGGCGGCAUACCCUCCCCGCCCUCGCUGCUCGUGCGCGGCGGGCAGCCGCCGUCCAUGCAGAAACCCUGCCUGCCCGCCCUGGCCGCCGGGCACCCCGGCUCGCCGCCCCCGCGGGGCCUGGCGGGGACGCCCACCCGCGGCGGCGCCGGCGGCAUGCUGCUGCUGUCGCCGGGAGCCUGGCGCAUCAACCGCGGCGGCAUGACGCCGCUGGCCAGCCCCCGAGCGGGCACCGCAGACCAGAUAGCGACGCUGCGGGUGGCCGGCAGCCCCACCCUGUUUGCCGGCGCCCGCUCCCCUCCUUCCGCCCCCCUGAGCCCGGCCGCAAUACACCACAUGUUUGGCCUACCCGGCAGCGCCGCGGCAGCAUCCUCCUCCCCGCCGGCCUUUGCCUCGCCCGCAGCCGCGGCCGCAGCCGGCGUGGCACCGCAGUGGGUGCAGCAGCAGCCUGAUGCAGCGCUGCCGCCAGCCGCCGCUCCCUCACCGCUUGCGGCUGCGGCAGGGCUGGCAGCAGAUGCGCCCGGGGCGCUGCUGGCGCCUGUGCCUCAUGCCCAGCAGCAGCAGCUGGCGCCGCCGCUGGCGAGCCCCAGGCAUGCUCGCCGCAUCCUGGCGCUGCAGCCGUCGCCAGUGCAGUGA